ACCGCUACAACGUGUUUUUAUCGCUGGCUGUCCAGACGGAAGGUGCUGAAACGCUUUGUCGCGUGUCUGGAAGAAGUGAAAACUUUCCUGGGCAGCAAAGGGCUCACCUUUCCUGAGCUGGAACAGCCAGAGUGGCUGGAAAAGCUACACUUCAUGGUAGACAUGACAGCGCACCUGAACAUGCUGAACACAGCUCUUCAGGGGAAAGGACGUACAGCCCUGCACAUGUUGGAGGAUGUUUUGGCAUUCGAGCGCAAGUUGACAGUGCUUGCCAGAGAUUUACAGAAAGGCACUUUGUCUCACUUCCCCAAUUUGAGAGAGUUCAAACAAGGUCACGACAUGAUAAUUUCGGAGUAUUUACAUUCUGCAAUCAUCGCAAUGCAAACAUCGUUUGGGAAACGCUUCUGUGAGUUCAGAGAGGAAAAAAACACAUUAUCCUUCCCGGUCACUCCCUUAAGCAUCGAUCCUUCCCUACUGAAUACGACUGCAUUGGCAGGUGUGAGUCAACCUGAUCUUGAGAUGGAACUGGCCGACAUAGCCGACAAAGACAUAUGGGUGUCCAAGUUUAGACGCUUGACAGCAGACCUUGAAGAUGUUGCCCGUCAGAAGGCCGUUCUUGCUCAGAAACACAAAUGGAGUGAUAUUGAAAACCUCACAGAUGACAGCUUGCGAUCCUGUGUAAAGAUGAAGGUGACAUCAUACAGCCCUGAUGUGCAGACGCUGUGCGCUGAGGUCCAGGAGCAGAAAUCCCAUUAACCAAGAUGACAGCUGGCUGACGUUAUUUUUGGUUUGCUGCUGGCGGAAAAUUUAAGUUCGGCGUUUUUCAUAAAUACAAGAAGGACUCAAAUAGACAUUGAAUAUUUUACUUAAAAGUAACUUUCAACCCAACGUCUUUUUUUCGGAGUUCAAAAUGUUUUUGUUGCAUGCAGAAAUGUAAUUUCGUUUUCUCUGCAGGAGUUCAUCAAUUUCAUAAAUGCAACACAUUAUAGUUUGUUUAUACAUAGCAUAAAGGCAAAAAAAACGUUGUA